AUGUACAAUCAAGCAAUCUUAUGCUUAGAAUCAGGUUACCAAGUCAUCUUGGCUAAAUUCAAUCCUCAGUUUAUUGAACCAAAUCAAAAUGUAGAAAUUUUGAACCGAAUCAAACUUGGUCAAUUGGCUUGUUGUGAUGAUUUACCAUCAGUUUUGGAUUCUAAAUCGAUUCAAACUUGGUUAAAAUCAAUUCCCAAUUUCCAUCAAAUCAAUUUAAUUUCUUUAAUCGAGCUUCAAACUAAUCAACAAGAUCAUGAAGCAAUUCAAGAUUUAAUGAUUUCACUUAAAACAGUUGCUUAUCAUUUACGUAUCCCUUUAAAUCUUCAAAACAAUCCACUUUUAUCUGAUUUUACUUUUCCAGUUACUUACAGAUGGCCAUUAACCCAUCAACCUACAAACCAACCUACUCAAAAAACGUUUAAGAGUUCUUUACAAAUAGCUUUAUCUUCAUCUGGAUCUUCAACGAUUUUAGAAAACAGAUUAAAAAGAGAAAUCAUAAGUAAACUUAAUGAAAGAGUAGGAGACGCAUGUGAAGCUAUUGCCGAGCUAAAAUCAAGAACCCAACUCCUAGCGAAUCAUGAUUUCCAACUUCAAGCCCCUCAAUCAAUUAUUCCUUCGCCUCAAAUUCCUCUAGCUCAGCAUCUGAUUCUCAAGACCGAUCCAACUAGCCAAGGUGUUUUGGAUAAUGGGAAACAAAGAUUUGAAUCAAGUUGGAUAUCAGAAACAACACUUACUCAAAUAAGUUGGAUCUCUCAAAUCAGUCAAUACUGGCCUAUAACCCAAAUCGCAAACUUACACCAAAACCCUCAAGCAAUCAACGAGAUCCUAAACCCUCCUUCGACCCAUAAACUUCAACCCAAUCUUUCAUUACUUCCAUCAUCUGACCAUCAAGGUGUCUAUACCCUUUCAGUAAAGAAGCCCAACCCAAACCGUUCAAGUUUACUAUCACCACAAACCCAACCCUCACCAACCCCCAAAAAAGGUUCAAUUUACUUAGUAGGCUCAGGUCCAGGUCAUGCAUCAUUACUAACAUGUGCAGCCUAUACAUUAUUAACUAAAUCAGCAAGCGUAAUCUUAUGUGAUAAACUAGUACCAGAUCAAAUCAUUAAUUUAAUUCCAAAUCAUAUAAAAUUAUUCGUAUCUAAAAAGUUUCCUGGCAAUUCGGAGUUUGCUCAAUGUGAGUUUAUGGAACAAGCUAUUAAGUUUGCAGAGCUGGGAGAAACGGUUGUAAGGUUAAAACAAGGUGAUCCAUUUAUAUAUGGAAGAGGAGGUGAAGAAAUACUUUUCUUUAGAAAAGCAGGCUACGAAGCCACAGUGAUCCCAGGAAUCUCAUCAUCCAUCGCAGCCCCACUUCUCUUCAACAUUCCCCUCACUCAACGAGGCGUCUCAGAAUCCGUAGUUCUCUGUACAGGUGUAGGAAGAAGAGGAAAACAAAUGAGCUUUCCAAGCUAUCAAAGGUCUAGAACGUUGGUGAUCUUAAUGGGUGUUAUUAGACUGGAAUCGAUUGUUAAACAGUUGUUGGAAAUGGAUCUGUAUCCUGGUUAUUUGCCUAUUGGUAUUAUAGAAAGAGCUUCUUCGUUUGAUCAAAGGAUUCUGCUCAGUACUCUUUCCAACGUGGUGGAAUCUUUUCAAUCUAUUGGCGAUCAAAGACCGCCGGGAAUGAUCGUUAUUGGUUGGUCAGUGAUGUGUUUGGAUGGAAAUGGUUCAGUUGAUAUACUUGAUCAUCCAACAGAAGAACUUCAAGAGGUUUUAGAUCGAAAAAGGAUCACUGAUUGGUUAUGUGGAAAAACGUUUUUUGUUAAGCAUGGGAUGAAUAAAGCAUUUGAUGAAUUACAUCAACGGUUUACAAACUCGACAUGA